CGCACUUCUCUAAAAUUGUUAAAAAAACUAUCGUAGAGUGGGUUCGUGUUUACUUAGCCAUGAUAGCUGCCUCUUCCAUUACCAAGAAUAAACAAAAUUCAUGCGUAUGCCCGGGGAGUAAUUUCUUGAGAAAGCAGAGAAACGACGUGAGACACUAGGGCACAGCGUGACUUCUAAGAUUAAGCGCGGCAACCUCCGCGGCACGGCGAAUGCACAAGCACAGGCAGAGGCAGCAUCAGAGGAGAAGAAAGAGGCAAAAGCGCGAGACUGCUGCGCCUGUAGUUGAUAACUCAGGGGCGAGGUCUAGAGAGCAUACCUUUUCAAGUGUUUCCCACUAUUAUUUUCAAUAUUUUCAUGCAGUAUAAUAGGUUAAGGCACUGCAGCGUAGGGCUUGGGGCAGCACUGCUUAAGAUCUGGGCAGGGUGUUCGAUCGAUAAGUACUGCGGGGGUUCCAUGCUUAAAAGAGUAAGGAAGGGCCAGUGCUUAGAAGAUGAUGCCGAGC